GUGAAAUCCACCUGAGUGACUCUGACACAGACCAAGUUCCUAUGAGAACAUCACAGGUGUUUAUUUUCAGAUCGGAAACUAUCGGAAAACAAUUAAUCAACAACAAUCAUCAAUCAUUGCGGCCUCGUCAGUUCCACUCAUGUAUUUUCAUCUGAUCCGAUGGGCAGCCAUUAAAACAAAGAGUCUUUGCUUUGUCCUGGAGGCAAAGGUUGACCUUCCCUCAAUCUAAGCAAGAUACCAAUAUUAGUUAAACUGUGUUAGCAAGUUAUGCCUACAGGAUUGACAUGUCCUCUGAUCAUUUCUUAAAAAUGAAUGUGAUCUUUCAGUGUCAGCAGUAUGUUAUCUGGUAUUGUGUAUUGUGUGAAAUAGCCAAACAUGGAAAUUUGAACAAGCUCAAAAUGUAGAACACUUGUAGAUAUGUCUGAGUGUGUGAAGAGCAGUGUGAAUUUGGGAGAUAAGCCAAACACCAGGGAGUGGCACCACACUAUCAGUUAUGCAAAAAUGAAACAGACGGGCGGAAUAGAAAGUGAUUAUCAACACUGAGACAGACCUUCAUAUGUCUGUUUUAUCUGAGGGAGAACGAGAGAGGCUAACACAGUUUUAACAUGUCUUCAGGAAACUCAGGGUAUCUACACCUGUUCUCUGUUCUGAUACUGACAUGCUUCAAGCCCAUUACAGGAAAACUGUGGGAGUCAAGACCAGAUGUGGAAGACCAAGAAAACUUUCAGAUAAAUGCUAUUUUUUAAGUUGAUGAAAUAAAACAUAACAGAGCAUUAACAUGAAGAAAGAUUCAUUUUCAGUGUGUUUCACUUCAAAAACCAACAAAUUAAACUGUUACUGUGUCAGUGCAGAGUCUCAGGACCUGUUAACCUGGUUAAAAUGAAAUGGAUGAAUGAAGGUGUUAUUUUGUAAUAAUUCUGGUGGACAUGGUUUAAAUUAACUUUAAACACUGUUUGAUUCAUAUUCAUCUGUAUUUUUCUGAUCACACAGACAAAUGAAACUCUGCUGCAGCGUCAGUCUAACACUUCACUGUUAACUGUUAUUGUCUCGUGCUCAUUUUGAAUAAAGUUAUCAGUGAAAAUUUAAAUGUUCAAAUAAGGACAUGGCUCCAUUGUCAGAGGUUUGACCAGGGUCUCUCUCUAUAAACGUGUCUCUACUCUCUGGUUGUAACAACUUCUAUCACAACUUUAAUUUCCAGGUGGUGUGAAUGCAGCAUAGUUUCAUCUGUUGUAUUGUUUCUUCUCUGUUGUUGCAUUCAGGGACAAACAGCCUGAGUAGGAAACAACAAUGAAGACGUCCAACCUGUGGUGGAUCACCGUGACUCUGGUCUUCUCUCUGCCUGCUCCGAGUUCGGCUGCUGUGGACCAGAAUAAGCUCGUAGGACUUGUAAAAGCCAUAAAGAAAAUGAAGGAUGGGUAUGGUAUAACUGCUAUGUACAGUGUGGCUGUGAGCCUUCCAAAGGACCACUGGUACGAUCUAAACCAAGUGACGAAACCUACAGAGGAAGAAGGAAAAAACAUUGCAAGUGGUGAUUUGGUGUUUAACAACAACAGACUAGCUAUAGCCACAGUAAAAGCACCUGAACAUGCAGAGUGGCGUCUCCUGAACACCUUACACCUUGACAGUAACGAAGGUGAUUUGUUGGUCAUCUUCUCUUAUGGCUCUCCAUGUCCCAAUAACUGUGCAAACCCAAAUGAUGAUUACACCAUCAUCAAAAAGAUUAAUGCUGUCAUUAGUGGGGGGAAAUGGGGGGAUAAGGUGUUUGUGUUUGAAAAAAUAUACAAGCCUAAAAUAAAGGGUGAAAUACCCAGAGAUCAGUUAGAAACAGCCGUUAGAAACCUCGGGACGUCGUCUGUUGGUCUUGCAAACAUAUUUCGCUGUUUCAAACCAAAUGAAGUGAAUUUCCGUUGCACCAGCUGCUCCGAUGGUGGCGGUGUUGCAGAUGAUUGUGUUAAUUACAAAGCAUAAACCUGCUCCUGUUACAGUCAGUGCUGAUGUAGAGAUGAAGAUUGUGUUCACUGUCUAAUUCAAGUCAUUUCAUUUUACAAGCUUAACUCUCCACUCUGCUGAUUUAAACCUUACUGAUGAAGAGGGACUCAGAAACCAAAUCUAUCUAUAUUUUCUUUUGUUAAUUAAUACAAACCAUUAAAAAGAGUUUUGGGGUAAUGUCUUGAUGUUUAGGGUAAGAUUAACGUUUAGUUUAAAAAAAAAAAAAAACUGACUCAGAGCUUUAAAAAUCAUAAUUUCUCUGUGGUGUUUUAUCCCAGUCAACUAAAGGAUAUUUUACCCAGUAUCUGUCCAGUCUCCACCAGCGAUCACCUCCCAUUGUCUAAACUGAUGAUAUCAUUCAUUUAAUCUGUUUUAUAGCAACAAUAAUUUGUUUCUAAUCAAUACAAAGUGUUGAAUUUAAACUGAACACCAGGCUGCACAAUGACAGGAGCAGUGUGAUGUGGAUGAGUUCAGACUUGACAGCAGUGGACAUAUUUGUUGAUCGUCUGCUCUUAAGCCUCUUUGCUUCACCAUCAAUGAAUAAAACAAUAAAAGGUUCCUGCCUUUAA